CGCGGGGCCCGCGGCGCCGCCAUGAGGAAGCAGAGCGUGCGCACAGCCGCGCUCAUCCUGUGCAUCCUGUCCUACCUGCUGGCGGGCGCCGCCGUCUUCGACGCGCUCGAGUCCGAGGCGGAGCGCGGCCGCCAGCGGCUGCUGGCCCAGAAGCGCGGCGAGUUCCGGAGGAAGUACGGCUUCUCGGCCGAGGACUACCGCGAGCUGGAGCGUCUGGCGCUGCAGGCCGAGCCGCACCGCGCCGGCCGCCAGUGGAAGUUCGCCGGCUCCUUCUACUUCGCCAUCACCGUCAUCACCACCAUCGGGUACGGCCACGCCGCGCCGGGCACGGACUCGGGCAAGGUCUUCUGCAUGUUCUAUGCGCUCCUGGGCAUCCCCCUGACGCUGGUCACCUUCCAGAGCCUGGGCGAGCGCCUGAACGCGCUGGUGCGGCGCCUCCUGCUGGAGGCCAAGCGCUGCCUGGGGCUGCGGCGGCCGCGCGUGUCCACCGAGAACAUGGUGGUGGCCGGGCUGCUGGUGUGCGCCGCCACCCUGGCCCUCGGGGCCGCCGCCUUCGCGCACUUCGAGGGCUGGACCUUCUUCCACGCCUACUACUACUGCUUCAUCACGCUCACCACCAUCGGCUUCGGCGACUUCGUGGCGCUGCAGAGCGACGAGGCACUGCAGAGGAACCCGCCCUACGUGGCCUUCAGCUUCCUCUACAUCCUCCUGGGGUUCACGGUCAUCGGCGCCUUCCUCAACCUCGUGGUCCUGCGCUUCCUGGCGGCCAGCACCGACGCGCCCGAGCGCGCCGCCCGCCGCCCCAGCCCGCUCCGCCCGGGGGCGCCCGAGAGCCGCGGCCGCUCCCCGCCCCGCCGGCCGGCGAGCGCCGGGGGCUCCACCUCCGUCUCCUCCCGCGUGCACCAGCUGCAGAUGGGGGCCCGCGACAACCUGGGCUUCUCGGCCCCCUCGAGCCCUGGGGCUGUGGGCGACGGCGGCGGGGCGGGCAGGUCCCCGGCCCGGCGCAAGUCCAUCUGACAGCCCAGCUCGGGCCGGGG